AUGGACAGGAUAAGAGAUGAUAGCAGAUUUGUUCAGCAAGUUGCUGUCAUUCAAGGAGGACAAAGGCUUGGGGGUGAAUAUGAUGAUCUACAAUUGAAGUCCCUUGAGGAUUUAUCUUGCCUAGAGGAAGGUUCAUGUUGGGUAUUUGGUAAGAUUGAUUCAGUUGAGUGCCACUAUGGUGAAUGGUAUUUUUUGGCUUGUAAGACUUGUGUUAAGAAAGUCAGAGAGGUGGAUAACAAGUUUAAUUGUUCUGGAUGUACAAAAACUCAUACUUAUGCUGUUAAAAGGUUCAUGUUUGUGGUGAAUGUUGUUGAUCAUACUAGCAAUGCAUCUUUGUUAUUGUGGGAUAGGGAAGGCAGCCAAUUGUUAGGGAGAAAUGUGACUGAUUUCUUAGGAAAUGGUGGUCAGGUUGCUCCUAAGAAUUCCAUUCCUUCACUUAUUGAAGAAAUUCUUGUGGGUCAGAAAGUGCUGUUUAAACUUCAGUUGAAAAACCAUAUUGAAUAUUACAGAAGUUACCCUUUCACUGUCAACAAAGUUUGUAAUAUUCCUGAAGUAGUUGAUAGGUAUACUCCUGAGGAAUUGGGUGAACAAAUCUUUAACUUAGAACCUAAGUUAUCUGAUCUACUUUUUGGAGCUGAUCUUGCUGAGGUGUCUCAGAAGCCCUACGGUACAACUGAUCUGUCCAUACUUGCUAAUGAUAAUAGCAGUGAAUUUGAUGUUGUAGGCUCUGAAUUAAAUUUUGGAGUUGAAGUUGCUGAGGGUUCUCAGAAAGUGUUUGUUACACCUGAUCUCUCCACUGUUUCUAAUGAGAAACAUCAUGGAUGGGGUGUUGAAGGCUCUGCAAAGCGAUGCUUGGAAUCAGAAUUUGACGGUUGUGAUGAUGUUGCCGAUGUGUGUGGAUCACUUGAAAGUCCUAUUGUUAUAUGUGAUGAUGUGCUUGAUGAACGCAAUCAGUCUAUUGUUAAUGACAGAUCUUUCGGUUCAUCUAAUUUUAAUGAAGAUGGAGAAUAUUGGGAUAUUGGUGAUCCUUCGUAUAUGUGUUCACAUUGUGGAGCAUUAUUUUGGCAGAGGGAUGCUGUGAAUAACCUUCAUUUAGAGAUUGUUAGUGAUUUGCAACAAAUGUUGGAUGAAAAUAAUGCGUUAGUAAAAUCUUUUCGUAUGGCCAAAGAAAAGAUUGGACAUGAAAAUCAACCCAAUGUAAGUUUGAGGUUGCUUGGUAAGAGAGGUAGGGAUGGAAGAACCUAUAACCUACCGUCUGUUUCUGAGGUUGCUGUGCUUGUCGUUGGGGAUUUUGAUGAAGCUUUGGGUGACAGAGAUAUUGUUGUUGUAAAGAAGUCAGGGCAAUUGCAGCGCAUUAGUGAACUGCAUCCUUCUUAUCUUCCACUUCAGUAUCCACUUUUGUUUCCUUAUGGGGAGGAUGGUUAUAGAGAAUAUAUUGGGUUUUCUAAAAAUUCUUCUUCUUCAUCGAACCAUAGAAAAAGUAUUAGUCCUAAAGAAUUUUUUGCCUUUCGCUUACAUGAAAGAAUUUCUGAGCAUUCUAUUCUUUUAUUUGGAAGGCGACUGUUUCAGCAGUUUGUCGUUGAUGCAUAUACGAUGAUUGAGACUGGACGUCUUACUUUUGUACGAACCCAUCAAAAAAGGUUGCGGGCUGAAUUGUAUAGUGGUCUGGCUGAAGCUGUUCUUCGUGGUGAGACAGAUGGUUCAAGGCAUGGGAAACGAAUUAUCUUGCCUUCCAGUUUUGUUGGUGGAGCUCGAUAUAUGGUUCAGAAUUAUCAAGAUGCAAUGGCAAUCUGUAGGUGGAUUGGGUACCCAAAUUUGUUUAUUACCUUUACGUGCAAUCCCAAGUGGCCAGAAAUAUGUCGAUAUCUUGCAUCUAAGGGCUUGAAAUCAGAUGAUCGUCCUGAUAUUAUUUGUAGGAUCUUUAAAGUCAAGUUGGAUAAUUUGAUAAGAGAUCUUAAGAGUAAAAAAAUAUUUGGAGCUGUGAAAGCAGUUGUGUAUACGAUUGAGUUUCAGAAACGUGGAUUGUCUCAUGCUCAUAUAUUGUUGUUUUUAAGCAAUGAGGACAAACAGCCUAAGCCGCAACGCAUUGAUGAGAUUAUUUCAGCUGAACUUCCCGACCAAGUAGCUGAUCCUCACUAUUAUGAGUGUGUGAAAGAAUUCAUGAUGCAUGGGCCGUGUGGUGUUGUUCGAAAAUCGUCUCCUUGCAUGGUCAAUGGACGUUGUUCCAAAUACUUUCCCAAAAAAUAUCUCGCAGCCACAAACAUUGAUGAAGAUGGCUUUCCUGCUUACAAACGUAGAGAUAAUGGUCGUGUUGUUAUGAAGGAUGGUGUGCCCCUAGAUAAUAGAUAUGUUGUUCCCCACAAUCGUUUUCUUCUUAUGAAGUAUGACGGUCAUGUCAACGUUGAGUGGUGCAACCAGUCGCAAUCUAUUAAGUAUUUGUUUAAGUAUAUAAAUAAGGGUUAUGAUCGUGUGACUUCUUUUUUCCAAUCUGGUGCGGAUGGUGCUGAACUAUGUACUGAUGAAGUAAGUUUGUACUACGAUUGUAGGUAUAUAUCGUCUUGUGAAGCUGCCUGGAGAAUUUUUGGAUUUGAAAUUCAAUACAAAGAUCCUCCGGUUGAAAGAUUGAGUUUUCAUCUUCCAGAUCAACAACAUGUCAUAUUCGAUGAAGCUGCUGACUUGGAUACUGUUUUGAAUCGUAAGACAAUUCAUGAAAGUAAGUUCUUGGCUUGGAUGGAGGCAAAUAAGAUAUAUUCUCAAGGUAGGGACCUCACUUAUGGUGAAUUUCCGACGAAAUUUGUAUGGAAGAAGAAUCACUGGGAACCUAGGAAACAAAGGUAUUCUAUUGGAAGGUUGUUUUAUGUUGCUCCUGGUUCUGGUGAUAUGUAUUAUCUCAGAUGUUUGUUAAAUAUUGUUAAAGGAGCUUCUUCCUACGAAGACAUCAGAUGUGUUAAUGGCGUUCAGUAUGCUACAUUUAGGGAUGCUUGCUUUGCUUUAGGGUUGUUGGAUGAUGAUAAGGAAUAUGUUCAUGGAAUUGUGGAGGCUUCUUUUUGGGCUUCAGCUCACUCUUUGAGAUUGCUCUAUGUGAGUUUGUUAACAUCAGAAUCUAUUUCACGCCCUGAAUUUGUUUGGCAAAGUUGUUGGAAAUAUUUGUCCGAAGAUGUUCUUUAUAAACGUCGACAGUUGACAAAUUAUCCUGGUUUGAUCUUGAGUGAGGAUGAAAUUCAGAAUUUUGCGUUGGCAGAAAUAGAGAAAUUGCUGCAGAAUCUUGGCAAAACUUUGCGUGAUUUCCAUGGGUUGCCGUUUCCUGAUAAUCAGUAUUUUGAAUCAUGCGAAAAUAGACUAAUUACUGAUGAGUUGUGUUAUGAUCGCGAUGGUUUAGCAAGUGAAUAUUCGGAAUGUAUUUCCAAAUUCACUGACGAGGAACUUUAUGUGCAUGACACUAUAAUGUCUUCUGUGUAUUCUAAUGAUGGAGGAAUAUUUUUUGUUUACGGAUAUGGCGGUACUGGGAAAACUUUCAUUUGGAGAGCAUUGUCUGCAGGGAUUCGUUCGAAGGGCGAUAUUGUUUUAAAUGUGGCGUCAAGUGGCAUAGCAUCGUUAUUAUUGCCGGGUGGUAGAACGGCUCAUUCUCGGUUUAAAAUUCCCAUUAUUGUCAAUGAAGAUUCUAUGUGUAAUAUUAAACCAGGUAGUGCACUUGCUGAGUUGAUUGUGAAAGCAAAGCUUAUCAUAUGGGAUGAAGCUCCUAUGAUUCAUAAACAUUGCAUAGAAGCUGUGGAUAGAACUUUAAGAGAUAUUAUGCGUGUAUGUGAUGAAUUAAAUAGGAACAAGCCGUUUGGUGGAAAAACGGUUGUUUUUGGUGGCGACUUUAGACAGAUCUUGCCUGUUGUUCCUAAAGGCAGUCGUCAAGAUGUUGUGAAUGCUACCAUUAACUCAUCUUAUCUUUGGAAGAGUUGCACAGUUUUAAGGUUGACAAAAAAUAUGAGGCUUUUGAAUGUGGAAAAUGUUGAUGAAGCCUCUAAAUUGAAGGAAUUUUCCUCUUGGGUUGCUUCUAUUGGCGAUGGUGUUGUUGGUGGUCCAAAUGAUGGGGAAGUGAGUAUUCGACUUCCUACUGACAUUGUUUUGUCAAAUUUUGGUGAUCCUCUUAGAACCAUUGUUUCAAACGUCUAUCCUUCUUACAUGAAUCCUGAAGAAUUGAUUAGCUGUUUGCAUGGCCGUGCUAUACUUGCUCCUACAUUAGAGGUAGUUGAUGAGGUUAACCAAUUCAUGAUUUCUUUGGAUCAGUCUCCAGGUCGAGUUUACUUUAGUUCUGAUAGUGUUUCAAAAUCUGAUUUCACAUCAAAUGGUCUCGCUGAGAUACAUUCUGUUGAGUUCUUGAAUAGUUUGAAGUGUUCUGGUACACCUAACCAUGAAUUGUUGUUGAAAGUUGGAACACCUGUGAUGUUGUUGAGGAACAUAGACCUGUCAAAUGGGUUGUGUAAUGGCACAAUCGUGAUAAUUACACGAUUAGGUGAUUAUGUGUUAGAUGAUUAA